CCACCUGCUGUGAACUGUUUUCAGCCCUUCAGUUUCGUGGCUCCCGGAGGCAGCUGCUUUGGCAGCCUCAGCCUGACUGGUCCACACCAUGGCUACCUGUUGGCAGGGCCUUUGGGCUUAUCGUUUCUACCUGAUCGUGCUAUGUCUGCCCAUUUUCCUAUUGCCUCUGCCAAUCAUUGUGCGAACUAAGGAAGCCUAUUGCGCUUAUUCCAUCAUCCUGAUGGCUCUGCUGUGGUGUACUGAGGCCCUGCCCCUGGCUGUCACUGCCAUGUUCCCCAUCAUCCUCUUCCCCUUGAUGGGUAUCAUGGACGCUUCUGAGGUCUGCAUAGAGUACUUCAAGGACACCAACAUACUGUUUGUCGGGGGGCUGAUGGUAGCCAUCGCUGUGGAACACUGGAACCUACACAAACGCAUCGCCCUCCGAGUACUCCUUAUCAUCGGAGUGCGACCUGCUCUGCUGCUUCUGGGCUUCAUGUUGGUCACAGCCUUCCUCUCCAUGUGGAUCAGCAACACAGCCACCACAGCCAUGAUGUUGCCCAUUGGGCAUGCGGUCCUGGAGCAGCUGAGGGGCUCACAGAAGGAUGUCGAGGAAGGCUGUGAAAACCCCGCCUUUGAGCUCCAGGAGACAAGCUCCCAGAAGGAGGUGACCAAGCUUGAUAAUGGACAGGCUGUGUCUGCUUCUUCAGAGCAAAGAGCACAGAAGACCCAGGAGAGGCACCGCUUUAGCCAGGGCCUGAGCCUCUGCAUCUGCUAUUCGGCCAGCAUCGGGGGCAUUGCCACCCUGACGGGCACCACACCCAACCUGGUGCUCCAAGGCCAGGUCAACUCGAUCUUCCCUGAAAAUGGCAACGUGGUGAACUUUGCUUCCUGGUUUGGUUUUGCCUUCCCCACCAUGAUCAUCUUGCUGUUGCUGGCUUGGCUAUGGCUACAGGUCCUCUUCCUGGGUUUCAACUUCCGGAAGAACUUUGGCUUUGGGCAAGGGGAAGAGGAACAGAAGCAGGCAGCCUUCCAGGUCAUCAAGACCCAGCACAAGCUGCUGGGCCCCAUGAGCUUUGCCGAGAAGACGGUCACUGUACUCUUUGUUGUGUUAGUGGUGCUCUGGUUCACCAGAGAGCCGGGCUUUUUCCCGGGUUGGGGAGACACGGCUUUCGCCAACGAAAACGGGCAAAGCAUGGCAUCCGAUGGAACCGUGGCCAUCUUCAUCAGCCUGGUUAUGUUUGUCAUGCCCUCCGAUAUUCCAGGACUGACCCAGGACCCAAAAAAACCAGGGAAGCUGAAGGCUCCUCCUGCCAUCCUCACCUGGAAGACAGUGAACGAUAAGAUGCCCUGGAAUAUCGUGAUCUUGCUGGGUGGGGGCUUUGCCCUGGCCAAAGGCAGUGAGAGAUCAGGUCUGUCUGAGUGGCUCGGAGACAAGCUGACCCCGCUGCAGCACGUGCCGCCAGCAGCCACCGUGGUCAUCCUCUGUCUGUUGGUCGCCAUCUUCACCGAAUGCACCAGUAAUGUGGCCACCACUACGCUCUUCCUGCCCAUCCUGGCCUCCAUGGCCCAGGCCAUCUGCCUUCACCCUCUCUAUGCCAUGCUCCCCUGCACCCUGGCUGCCUCCCUGGCUUUCAUGCUCCCGGUGGCCACACCACCCAACGCCAUUGUCUUCUCCUUUGGAGGCCUCAAAGUGACCGAUAUGGCCCGUGCCGGAUUCCUGCUCAACAUCAUCGGGGUGCUGGCUAUCACCUUAUCCAUCAACAGCUGGAGUGUCCCCAUCUUCAGCCUGAACACAUUCCCUCCCUGGGCCCACUCCAACACAAGCCAGUGCCUUCUCAGCCCGCCCACUUCCACCGUACCAGCCCCUUAGACCAGGCUACAACCUAGUUCUGCGGGGGAAAGCCCACGGGUGCCACUCCUCAGGGCCAGGAGAGGGCGCCCCAGACGCCAAGCCCCGAGCCAGAGGAGCAGUCUGCCGGCGCAUGUGCAAUCGUGUAUUCGUGUGUCUGCAUAAGUCCUGUGUGUGUUAUCUCUCUUGGGUGCCGAUGAGUGUCCGUGUGCUGUGCGGGGACGCGCGCGUGUAUGGUGUGGCCUGAGGGCGCCUCAGUGGUUGUGUGCGUGGUGACGGCUCCCGCCCUCUGUCUCCCAGCUAGGCCUCCGGACUUCUUUGCACUGUAUUUAUUGAAACUCCGGGCUGGAGGCGCUUGGGAGCGGGAACUCCAAGGUUCAUUAAAGGCUGUUUCAGUAGAGUCCGGGUGUGUUUCCCCGGUGCUCAGAAGCAGAGGUCGGGCACCCCUGCCAGGCCGUUUGGAGUGGGCGCAGCCACCUAGCAAAGUUGCAGUGACUUCACCAGCGGCUAAUUGGGAGCUGCCAGUCCCUGCGUGCCUUUGGGAAAACCGGCCUCCCCGUUCCCAGAGCACUCCCUGGACAUUUACAUAAAACCCUCUGCCCCCUGCCAAUUCCUCGCCGACCCUUUCUCCGGCUGGAAAAACCGGUCCCACCAGACCAGAGGAGACAGGCUGACCCAUGCUGAGUGCUCGGAAAGAUGGACCCUCAUCCAAAAUGGCAGCCCUCAGGAAGCGAGAUGAGGGUUAGACAAUUAACAGGCUCAAACCUGCCAUCGCCUUCAGAGUCCAAAGCCAGAAAGUAUGCAGCGAUCUGCCUCCUUCCUUACCUCACUCCACACUUGUGUAGACCCGGAUACUCGAGUAUCUGGCAAGGGGGUGGGGAGAUGGACGACACCACAUCACCUUACCUCUCCUUGGCUGGAAAUCCAUCUCUAUGUCUGCCCCAACUCUCAGUGCGGAUGGUGCCGUGUAAGCCUGGGCUUCCUUUGGAGAGUUUCCUAGAACUUACCUGGCUCUCUUCUGCAGCAGAGAGAGGAAAAAGAGAUCUGUGAAAAGAAGGACCAGCUAUGAAGGCAGAAAGUAUUUUGCUCUUGUCUCCUAGCUGGGAUUUGCUGUCCUUACAGAGCUGUGUAUCCCAGGGGAGAGCAGCCAGGAGGCUGUCUCCAGGGGCCAUGGAUCCUGACAGGACAUGCCAGGCAUCCAGGGGGAGUGAGGUGUGUCAGGAGAGUGGCUCUGCCCCCACGAUGCCCCCCCCCAUGACAUUCCUUACACAUGAAGUACAGCCCAUAAACCACGUGAAGGCCCCCAAAGCCUCCGGGGACAGUCCCCCACAAUGCAGUGGGCUCCCAGGAGGACCUUCUCUGCUACUACGGGCACCAGCGUUGCGGAAGGCUUCACUGGGCCCAAACAACCGCCUGUUCACUUAUUUCCUGCGUGUAGCCUGAGCUGUUCUGGAACUCCCUAUGUAGACUAAGCUGGCCUUGAGCUCAUUGUAAUCCUCCUGCCUCAGCCUUUUGAGUGCCACCAAAUCAACUCUAUAUCUUGUUAGCCCUGCUCAGAGGGGCAGGUGCAGGCUGAGGUCACACUGUCCUGGGGCUAUCGGGCUGGCUUACUAGCCCCGUCUUUUUUAGGGCAGAUGGACACCAGCCAGGCUAGAGCCAGAGCUGGGCCAUGCAGGUGCUCAGACCCUGCCCUCCUCAGCAAGCUGGGUUGAGGAGGGCCGGGCAGCAGGCAGCACUAGUUGGCCCUAAUCACCAUCAUUAACUGGGUAAUAAAGCACAUGGACCGGGCUGGCCUUGGAGGGAAAGGCCAGUCCGCCUGGGUCAGGGCCAGAACAGUAGCCUGGUCACUCCAGGCUGCAGCAGGUAGAUCAGGCCUGCUAGCCUAGGACCACCCUGCUGGGCAUGCAUACCCCAUCACUGCUGCGUUCAGGGAGAGUAUAGCAGGAGGUUUAGGCUGUCUCCUGGCAGCUGAAACUCAAGGCGUGAGCUCCCUAAUCCUCUGGAAAAUCAAGAGACGGGGACACAUCACGAUGGCCUGCCAAAUGGAGCCUUGCCCUUAGUUUCUGGUACAGGGAAUGUCAUACAAAGCCAUGAAUGUGCCAGGAGCGCAGAAGUGCCUUCUUCCCCUGGAGGCCAGCAGGACACACUGUCCUCAGAGCCCCUUUCCAAGUUCUCUUGUGGGCCACUCUUUGUGACUGAGGUAGCGUCUCCAUCUCUCUGGCCUAACCUCACUUUAGUCUCAGCAAAUAGGCCCACAUUUCCAAGCCAACUUUAGAUGUCUCCCCUUUCCUGUGCCCUGAAACCCUGGGUAGGGGAAGUCCCCAUUCCCUACCUCUCCCCCUGCCAGCUAGCAAGAGUCUGCAUGGGCAGCCAUAGCGGCCAGGCCACGGAGGCAGCAGCUCCCAAGCCUGUCAGGGACGCCUGCAAGUCAGGGAAAGAGUUUGUUAGGUAGGUAGAACCAGGCCAAGUCUAGGGUUCAAGAUCAGCCCCUGCAAUCAGACCUCUUUGGGGGCCUCUUUCUCCCCGCUUCUGAGGAAGGCAGGGGCUGGCAGAGGAUGGAGAGGGCUUGGUCCCUCUCCCGCAGGGAAGAUGCCUACAGGGGUAGGCUCGAGCCUUCUCUGGCUGGAAGCUGGAGGCCCAGGAGGACUCAGCCUCAACCUGCAACACAGGUGUGCUGUGAAGGAACAAGGGGAGAGGGAGCAAGACUGUGACAAGAGUGGGUGGCCCCUGUGCUCAGAGCCCUGGAAGGACCCUGCAGAGCACUCCCCCACAUCCCUGCGAGCCGGCUCUCCCAGCCCCCUCACACACACACAGCCACAGACACCCGCAGUCACAGACAUCUGCACACCGGUGCUGCUCAGACCCAUGCGCCCUUACAAGUGUGCAGAGGCUCGCACAGGGCUCUGGCCAGCCACACGCCGCCGUAGCUCCGUGCCCCACCGUAGCCUUGGACAAGCCUGAGGAGAGAAAGGGAGCACCUGAGUAUUCUGCAACAGAAAAACUCACUGCUCUUAGAGACGCUUCUCACCCACUCUGAUCCCCGUGGGGAGGGGUUAAGACCUGAGCACAGCAGCCAUCCAAGGCUUGGAGGACUCUGCCCCAUCCUCCCCCACAGACCUUCCCCCAGCAAGCUUGGAAACUCCCUGCACUUCCCAAGGGUCAGCCAACCAGAACAGGGGCGGCCCUCUCUGGCCGGCUCCCCGGAGGCUCUGGUCUAGCUGCCCCACAAGUAUACCCACCCUGUGACCAGAUCCCUCAACCAGUCUCUGCCGUGCGGCCUGGCCUACAGCAUUUCAUGCUAGGGUAGUCUGCGGGAGGCAUCGUGCUGGCGCCUGAAGCCAGGGCCUCACGGACGCUGAGAGUCCCGGGACCCCUCUGCAAACCUUCCUCAGGGGAGUGUGUGGAAGGGCAGGCUCAAUCUUAGGAACUCACUUUGGAAAGCAGGGCCCAGUCUACAGAAGCAGAGUUGGACAGGCAUGUCAAGCAUGGCGAACUGUGCCUGUUGGAAUUGCUGGGCAGGGGGACUGCUAUUAAUUCAAGGCUGGUCUGGUCUACACAGAGAGUUACAGGCCAACCAGGGCCACAGAGUGACACUGUCUAAAAUGAAAGAGAGAGAGAGACAGAGUAGGAGAUUGGGGUGGGUAAAAAGAAGGCUCAGUCAGUAAAGUGCUCACCACACAAGCAGAAGGACCUGAGUUCGAGCCUCAGAAUCCACAGAAAAACCUGAGUGCAGCAGCUUGAACCCAGGAAUAGGUGGAUUUCUGGAGCUUCCCAGCCAGUCACCGCUGCCAAAUCAGCUCUAGAUUCAGAAAGAAACUGUCCCAGAAAAUGAGGCGAGGAGAGAGCGAGGAAGACAUCAUACAUUGACCUUUGGCCUCCAUUCAUGAGCCCAAACACCCCCACACAAACACAAGCAUACAGCCCCCCACCCCAACCCUUCGCACAUGCAUGCGUAACUUGACAGACGAUGGCCCAUUCUGAUGGCCCUGCCUACUCCAUGACACAGGGGCUCCAAGCAUGGAAACCUCUCCUUCUGCUUGGGCCCCACAGACUGGCAUCCGACAGACCCUGCUCCAGGGAUUUCCACACCUGGCUAGCGCUGGGCAGAGCCUAGCAGGCAGGUAGCAGUUUUAACCCCUCAGCUUCUCAGGCCUCUUCAAACACUAGCUGUGGCUGACCAACGCCAGCCCAGCUCUGUCCACAGAAGGGUGGGUAUGCUUUCUGAGUCAACACUGCAGAUGCUAGAAUCCAGGUGAGUAUCAGAAUAGGGCUUCUGGUCCUAGGAGAGACGCCGAGGGCCUGGUUUAAUGAGAGGAGUGAACAGUCUGUCACCAGGAGGAAGACCUCACCUGGCUUCUUGAGCCGAGCUCUGCCAGGAUUCUCAACGCCUCCAUCUACCAGGCUUCAGUGAUGAAGAAGGAGCUUUCCGAAGGAAGGGUGAGCAGAGGCAGACUCCUUUCUCCAGAGGAAGGGGCUUGACACACCCAACAGAAGAAUAUUGACAGGUGGUGCACACCUGGAAAUCCCACCUCUUGGGAAACUGAGGCAGAGUAUUGUAGGUUUGAGGACUGCACAGUGAGUCCCAGCACAAUCGGGGCUACAUAUGGAGACCUUGUCUUUAAAAGACAAAACAAACAAAUAAACAAGAGAAGCGGAAUUGGAGCCAGAGAGACGGCUCAGAGGCUCUUGUCACCAAGCCUGAAAACCUGAGUUUGAUCCUGGGACCUGUAUAGUGGAAGGAGAGCCUGACUCCCAUUAAGUUGUCUUCUGACCUUCACACGGACACAUAGGCAUGCACCUAUGUGUACACACACACACACAAACACACACACACAUAAAUGUAGUUUUAAAGUCUUGAAAGGAAAAAGGAAUCUCACUGAAGGAGCGCCACAGUCUCCUGAGAGUCCACAGCCUCCUGAGAGUCCUUGACUGUUGAAGUUACAUUUCUUCCAUUUUUAAUAAAGUUGAAAACCUUUCA